GCAGCUGCUCUGACAGGACUUGCCGUGCGUGGGGACCGAGGAGCACCGGGCACCUGGUGCAUUGGGAGGGAAACCUGCGCAGGUUCGGGGCUUUGUGUUUUGUAAGGAAUUAACAGGUGAGAAGCAGCUGUUCCCCAAAAGCUGCUACCCACGAGUGGGCUCCCGCACCAGCCGCUGCUGAGGGAGCGGCACAGGGGGGCAGAGGGCGGCCAUGCCGAGGUGCACGGCAGGCGCUGAGCCCCUUCCCUGCCGCCUCCCCUCGAGGGGCAGCCCGGGGGGACGCAGCUCUCCGCGGGGGAACCGCCCGCAGCGGCCGAGAGGGGCCUUGGGCCGGGGGAGCCCCGGGCGAGGAGCAGGGCUGGGGCUGCUCCUGAACGCCCGUGGCGUGCCCUCGUGUUUAACCUCGAACAGCAUCGCUCCGCAGCGUGCGGGGCCGUAGGGCUGCAGGAGAACCGAGGCCCGAAAGGGUGGCGAGGCCAGGCUGACCCCAGCGGAGGCGAGGAGCGGGGCCGGGAGCGCACUGCGGACGGGACACGCGUCCGCCGGGCCUGUGUCCCGAGGAGGCGAAGAACGCCGAGCCCACAGCCGGUGUGUGUGUGCGGGGAGCCCACAGGGGCUGAUCCGUGUCCCGAGGAGGCGAAGAACGCCGAGCCCACAGCCGGUGUGUGUGUGCGGGGAGCCCACAGGGGCUGAUCCGUGUCCCGAGGAGGCGAAGAACGCCGAGCCCACAGCCGGUGUGUGUGUGCGGGGAGCCCACAGGGGCUGAUCCGUGUCCCGAGGAGGCGAAGAACGCCGAGCCCACCGCCGGUGUGUGUGUGCGGGGAGCCCGCAGGGCCCUGCCCGGGCUGAGCCCGGUGCCCCCCAUGGGCCUGGCCCUGCGUGUUCCAUGACUGGGAGCUGGCGCAGAUCCGUGUAUUGCACAAAGAAGGGCAAGAAAAGAGUGCAGGAAGCAAGGCGGCAGGGAAACCACCAGACACGCUCCUGAUGGAGGUACAAGUUCUGAUUGACAGAGAUAAUGAUGCCAUUGCAUUUGAAAAUAACAUCCAGCAACUGAGCCCAUGUGAAGAGGAGGAAGGAAAGGAAGUUUUUUCCACUGUUGAGGAAACAGAGAGUCAGAGCUGCAAAGGGGGUGAUGAUUUGUCAGACUUACUCAAUAAAAGUAAAGAGCAGGAAUAUCCAACUGGAUCAGAACAAACAGUUGUAAGAAAUCUCAAGAAUCUAAAAUUUGAGGCUUGUGCUCCACAUCAGGAAAAAGCCAAGUUAUCAAGUCUUAGGUGUCAUUUGAAAACCCAUUCGGAUGAGAAACGUCACGUGUGUCACCUCUGCCCGAAGGCCUUCCGUACAGCAGCUCUGCUGCAUAACCAUGUGAACACACAUACAGGGAACAAGCCCCAUAAAUGCAGUGAGUGUGACACAGCCUUUGUGACCCGAGGGGAGCUUUCAAGACACAGGAGGUACAAACACACUUUGGAGAGGCCUUUCAAGUGCACAAUAUGUGAAUACUCUAGUGUAGAAGCCAGCAAGAUGAGGCGCCACGUUCGCUCGCACACGGGAGAGCGGCCCUACCCCUGUCACCUGUGCAGCUAUGCCAGCAAAGAUGCCUACAAACUGAAAAGGCACAUGGUAACUCACACAGGUGAAAAACGCUAUGAAUGUUACGUUUGCCAAGCCAGAUUCACUCAAAGUGGUACCAUGAAAAUCCAUGUGUCACAGAAGCAUGGAGAAAAUGUGCCAAAACACCAAUGUCCACAUUGUAGUACUUUCCUUUCCCGAAAAAGUGAUUUGGGUGUGCACCUGAGGAAUCUGCAUUCCUACAUGGAAGAGGCAGUGAAGUGCAGGGACUGCGAGGCAGCUUUCCACGAGCGCUACGCUUUCCUUCAGCACAGGAAGACUCACAGGAGGGAGAGGAGCUUCAGGUGUGCUCAGUGCAGCUGCACGUGUAACCAGAGUAAUAUGUGUAAGCGUGCUGAAAAUUGUGGAUUGGUGAGGGCAAAAACUGCUACACCCAGAAAAGGAAGCAAAGGCAAAAAUAAAAUCCAUGAGAACCCGAAGUGUGCUAAGCCAGAAGUUGCCCUGAAAUUAUUCCCAGGUGACUCUACUGUGAAAAAUGAACAUUGUGCCAGUGAGAUUGUUCCAGUUUUAGAUGGGACAGAAACAGCAACGCCGAGAGAACACAGAACAGAAGCAACUCAUUAAAUGGAUCCUCAACAUGAUGGACAAAAAUGCACAAACAGACUGGUCUUCCUUGUAAUUGGGCAGUUCAAAGUGUGGAACUUUGAACCUCCAAUUAGAAAGGUGGAAAAGCUGCUGGUUGGAAGCUGUUGGAGCCCUUCUGUGCUCAUGUUUCUUCUUGCUGCAGUUUCUACUGUGUAACCUAAAUACCAUUGCAAAGGGUGAAAGUUAGAGGCAACUUCCACCUGGUUUAUUACAUGCAGGUGUUCCCGUGGAAGUUUGUGAUCCUCCAUUUAGCACCAGAUCCAAGCCACACCCACGACUUUGAUUUUAAUUAAAUCUUCAAUAAAACACAACUGUGUUACUUAGGAAAGUUCAUGUUCAUAGAACACUUAAAAAUCAGAAAAAAAUUUAACUGUCAAAUACAAUUCUCUUAACUUUCCUUAGGUUAUAAGAACUAUUGGGUUUAACUCUUAAUAAUUACUAGAGUCAUUACAGUAAGUACUAUUAAUUUUUAUGAUUCAUUACAAUGAUCACAAUUGCCAUUUAUGCACUGUUCACACUUUUUUUUUUGUCAUUUAUAAUUAAUACUUGGAAGCCUCAUAAAAUCUUAAAUACUUUUUAAAUAUUCAUCUUUAAUGCUGCUAUUCUUUUGUUACAUUUCAUUAUAAAUAAGUACCAGGCUUAACUAACAAAUAUUAAAUUCAGUUGUUACAUGACCUAAUAUUAUUAUUUGAAAUGCCAAACCCUCAUCCCAAUUUCAAGAUUAACAUCUGUGUUUAUCUUCAUUAUGGUGUGGGAUUUGACCAGUAUUAAAUGGUUUGGGUUUGUAGGUUGGGCAGGCUGUGGUUGCAGGUUCUGCUGAUGUGGUCAGGGACAGAAAAUUCCUGUGCUGUGCACCCCAGGUGAGCUGCAGGCUCACAGCAACUGCAACUUUUAACUCUUUUUACUUUGAAAAAUGAAAAAAAUGAAACUUUUAAGGUUUUGCCAGUUAGUUUAUUAACAUAGCAUCUUUAUCCUGUACUUGGUAACGUGUCUACAUGCCUGUUCUAGGGUAACUCCUUUAAUUCAGCAGCUGUUCUGUGACCCAAAGCAGUGCCAGGAGCUUUGUGCCACGCAGUGUCCCCAGUAUCUCCCUGCUCACGGUGAGCAGAUAAGGGAGGAUGUUGAGAUUAGCAGGAGAUAAUUGCAGUUUUACAGUAAAUAAUCCCAUUUAUAGAGACCACAGCAAAGGCCUCACCAAGCCCUUCAUCAAUCAUCUCAUGAAACACAUGAACAGGAAUUACCACUUGGGUAACAGAAACCUCCUUCAGUUCUGUAGCAAACCCUGAAAAGUCAGAGGGCUUGAAUUCAUUUAAAUUCAUUAUUGAUUUUGUCCCUCCAUUACAGAUCUGUUACUUCAGUGGUUAUAAAGUUUCAUAUUGAUUGCUCUGUGUCUGUUUUCAUGCUGGUAAAAUUUUAGGAAGUUCAUUUGUUCUUACAAGUGACAGGACUUAGGAAUAUUUUUGUUCAUUAUAAUUGCUUAAAUAAUAUUGUUAACUUUGUUCUUGUUGAGCUGUUUCCAUUUGUGUUACAAAUUCUAAGCAGCAGAUUGCUUGGUUAAAAUUAAUUUUAGAAGUUGUUUACAUUCCUUGAUCAAUUUGCUGAAUAUAUAUUGUGCAUUUGAAUUGUUAAUAACAAAGCUGACUCAUUCUGUGCUGACAUCUAAAAAUCAGACUACAUAGAGUGGAAUAUGAAUGUAGUAAUAAAAGAUAUUUUUAUCUCUGAA